CUUUUGUUUUUCACGACACAAACACAACCGUGGUUCUACCACAACCACCCAACUAACAACAAAGCCUUUCCCCUCUUCUUCUUCUUCUUCUUCUUCUUCUUUGUUUCUUGUUGUUCUUACCCAAUUUGAGGAGUUGAAUUUUGUUGAAGACCAGCUCAUAGAGAGAUCGGUUUUGAAUCCAUGGAGCCACUUAUCAACUUCAUUAUUCGGCCUCCCAGGGCUGAAUACGACCCCAAAAAUGAUUUACUGGAUGAUGAGUUCAUACUCAAGCGGAAAUGGUUUCAAAGGAAGGAUGUGGAGCUUAAAAACAGUCGGGGAGAUGUCCUCAAGUGUAGUCAUUACAUGCCAAUUGUUAGUCCUGAAGGAAAGCCUCUGCCCUGUGUCAUAUAUUGUCAUGGAAACAGCGGGUGCAGGGCCGAUGCAAGUGAAGCGGCCAUUAUAUUGCUGCCCUCAAAUAUUACAGUCUUCGCUCUUGAUUUCUCAGGAUCUGGGCUCUCUGGUGGAGAGCACGUCACAUUGGGUUGGAAUGAAAAGGACGACUUGAAGACUGUUGUUGACUAUUUGCGAGCAGAUGGAAGUGUCUCUUUGAUUGGCCUGUGGGGCCGUUCAAUGGGUGCUGUCACUAGUCUCCUGUAUGGAGCUGAGGACCCUUCAAUCGCCGGAGUUGUUCUUGACAGUCCAUUUUCUGAUUUGGUUGAUUUGAUGAUGGAACUUGUUGACACCUACAAAAUUCGGUUACCCAAGUUCACUGUGAAGUUUGCUAUCCAAUACAUGCGAAGAGCUAUCCAGAAAAAGGCGAAAUUUGACAUAUCGAACCUGAAUACAAUUAAGGCUGCAAACUCCUGUUUUGUUCCAGCUUUGUUUGGACAUGCCAUUGAUGAUGAUUUUAUACAACCCCAUCAUUCAGAUCGUAUAUUUGAGGCGUAUAUGGGAGAUAAAAAUAUCAUUAAGUUUGAGGGAGAUCACAACUCUCCACGGCCUCAAUUCUAUUUUGAUUCUAUAAACAUCUUCUUCCACAAUGUUUUGCAACCCCCAGAAGAUGAGGUUGGGGGUACGUUUUUCGACAGCAUGCAUGAUACUGUUGGCAAGGGUGCUUGGGGAACUAUGCAUGAGGUUGAUUAUGACCAUGGACGUGUAGCUGCUUCUUCUAAAGAACCAGCAACGAGUGGCAGCACACAGGAUGCCAUUAGCCAACUCCGUUCAAGAAGACCCAUGAGUCGAACAGAUGUCCCUUCGGGUAUAUCAUCCCAAAAUGACGAGUCUCAUUCUAAGGAUGAAAAAGCAGAUCACGAUCCUUGUCCGUCAUCUUCUGACAUGAUUAGCUUUGAAUUCUCAAAUGGCCAUCCCCAGGUUCCAGCCCCAAUGGGGGAUGAUCAAUAUGUAGAAUACCAACUCGAUGACUUGGCAGGUUUUCCAAGUGAUGUGGAGGAGGAAGAAAGAAUGUUCAUGGAAGCAGUGCUCUUGUCGCUAAAAGACUUAGAAAUGAGACACCCGAACCCAGAGGCAGGGGAGCAACCACCAGGGAAUACCCCUGAUUCUUCAAAGUUAUCAGAAAAAGAUGACUAUCAUGAUGCCUUGUCUCCAGUAGAACAACGAGAACCUGUAGAGGCAGCAUCAACUCCCAUUUCGAGUGCGCAAUGUGGGUCCUCAAAAACAAAUUCUAUUUCCAGUUCGGCUGUUAAGGUUGAUGAUUGUAGACCUGACCAGCGAAUACCUGAUGCAGCUGUACCAUCCACAAAACCUGCAUCAGAAACUUCAACUUCCACAAAGGACUUGGGAAGUGCUGGCCCGUCAACUCAAAAGGAUGUGCCAGAUAAAGUCCAAAGCACAUCAGACACCGACAUGUCAGCUAACACAACAGCCACAGUGACGGUUGUGAAAAACCCUGCAAGCCAUGUCAUGGAUGGUUUGAUGCGUCGGUGGGAUUUCAAUUUCUUUAGGAACAACCACAGUUGACAGGAUGAAGACUAUUUUUUAUAUUUUUUCUUCUUCUUCGUAUUCAAUUUAGAGUUCAUUGGUGUAUUGAUUUGUGAGCUGUAACUUGUAACUAGUGUCAGGGUCCAUGAUUUGUAAAAUGCUCGACUUGAAAGCAAAACCAAAAUAGAAAAAGAAAAUAGGAAGAGAGUAGAAACUAGAAGGGGUGCUCGGAAGUUGAUUUCUUUGUUAAUAUUCUCUAAAAUCCUGUGUUCAUAUCAGAGAAUGAAUAUAUAUUCUUUCUUUCUCAGCUUCUAAUGUGAGAUGUAUAUUUCAAU